UUGAAAGUGACACUCACAUUGUUGCUCUUGAGAUUUAACACCGCCGUAGGUAGUGUCCGCAUCGCACAAAGCCGAUAUUUAACGUGUGUUUUUGCUUAAUUUCUCAUUUUGUGCAUGCGACAUAGAUGGACAUUUUGAGCUUCUAAUGCGUUGUCUUUGCUCCCGCUGCAGAGGCUUUCAGUUCUGCCCGGUUUGUGCCACGGACACUCGUAGCUCAAACUAGCGGUAAAGCGUGAGCAAGAUUGCGUACUACCGGACAGAUUGCCGUCGGUCGCUUGUCGGAACUUGUGUCGUUUGCUUUUGGGAUCUCUGUGCUGCGUUCAUUCCCGUGCACUGUCUUCUCUCUCCCACCCGGCCACCCCAGCACCCUUCUACCUCUUCAUGCUGUCUGUUUCCUGCUAUACCUGUACCCAUCAGCUCGGAGUCUCUCAGUUCCAGUGGCUCAUUCACAGCGCACAGUGCACGGAGCCCAAGCGUCCAACACUAAACCCACCGAAACCAGCCGUUUUCAGUCCUCCGCAAGGCAGCGGAAAGCCCAGCCCUGGAUUCAAUACUUUUAAUCAAUGGACAGAUCCCUCUCAACGGCCAACCGAGGUACCGACACGCCAUAAGCAGUCCUUAUCCUCUGGCUGGUGUUCCCCCGGUGGUGUGGAGGGGGAUGGAGCGAUGUGGAGGAGAGAGCCCUCAUUUGCGGGAGAGCCCAGAGCGAAGAGGGAGCAGCAGUCCUGAUAUUGGUGGUCCGCCACAAAAGGUGGGCCGCCUGGAACUUAACGGCAGUCCCACCGGACACCGCAGUCGCCACAAUGGGGCCCCACAAAGACCUCUUGGAGGACUGAUGAUUCCAGUCUUCUGUGUGGUGGAGCAGGUGGAUGGAGGGAUGAUAUCAGAACGAGAGAGCCGUGAGGAACAUGCAGAGUUUGUGCUGGUCAGGAAGGAUAUCCUUUUCACUCAGCUGGUUGAGACGGCACUUCUAGCCCUGGGCUACUCUCACAGUUCUGCAGCCCAAGCACAUGGCAUCAUAAAAGUAGGCCUUUGGAACCCGUUGCCCAUCCAUUGCCUAACAGACGCUCCAGAGGCAACGGUCGCUGAUAUGUUGCUGGACGUUUAUCACAUGGUCACGCUCCGUAUUCAACUACAGAGCUUUGCCAAGCUGGAGGACCUCCCAUCUGAGCAAUGGAACCAUGCAACAGUGCGCAACGCCCUCAAAGAACUGCUGAAAGAGAAGAACCAGAGCACAUUGGCAAAAGAUUGUCCACUCUCUCAGAGUAUGAUCUCCUCUAUUGUGAAUAGUUCCUACUAUGCUAAUAUCUCAACUGCCAAGUGCCAAGAGUUUGGUCGCUGGUACAAGAAGUACAAAAAGAUUAAAGGGGAUUAUUUGUGGCAAGGCCGGGAAAGUUCUGAAAUCAAGGUUGAAAGGGACAGUCUUGCUGACUUCUGUAUAUCAGCACAGCGUCCACACCCUCAUCUGGCUGGACUUGUACAACUUGGUCCAUUAAACAGUGCCAGCUCUCUCUUAAAAGGCAGUCCUGGUGAACCUCAGAAUUCAGCCCAGUCUCAGCCUCCAACCCAAGGGCAGCCACAAACCCCAUCAUCUCACGGACAGCUCCAUCACAGUCCACCACUACGAGCACAGGUGCCUCCUCCACCUCCACCUGCUGCCCUGCAGCCUCUUCUGCCACCAGGGGGAAUUCUCUCUCCCCAACUCAGCCCACAGCUGGUGAGACAGCAGUUAGCCAUGGCUCAUCUUAUCAACCAGCAGCUGGCAGUAAGCAGACUCCUGCAUCAGCACCCGCAGACGCUUAACCAGCAGUUUCUCAAUCACCCACCCAUCCCUCGGCCUAGUAAGUCCGGUGGCCCUGGAGAGCCUGGAUCCAACACCUCAGCAGCAGAAGUAUCCUCUGAAAUCUACCAGCAGGUGCGAGAUGAGCUGAAAAGGGCCAGUGUCUCACAAGCAGUGUUCGCCCGAGUUGCCUUCAACCGUACACAGGGCCUGUUGUCAGAGAUCUUACGGAAAGAGGAGGACCCACGCUCAGCCUCUCAGUCCUUGCUGGUGAACCUCAAAGCUAUGCAAAACUUUCUCAACUUACCUGAGAGCGAGAGGGACCGAAUUUACCAGGAAGAGCGAGAACGCAGCAUGAACCCUCCUGUGAGUCUGCCCCCAAGCACAAACCACAGUCCUGGGGGACCCCGCCUCUCUCAGAAAGUGUGGGAGCGCAGCAUUGAUGAACAGUUAACCCCUGAUGCGUGGGCAUCUAUUUGGAAGAACAAGACAAAAAUCACAAACUCGUCCAAGGCUUCUGGUCCUAACCCUGACCUUCCCCUGAAACUGGAGUCACUGGUUAACAUCACAUCAGGCAUAUAUGAUGAAAUCCAGCAAGAGAUGAAACGGGCAAAAGUAUCACAGGCACUGUUUGCCAAGGUUGCAGCCAACAAAAGCCAAGGAUGGCUGUGUGAGUUGCUCCGCUGGAAAGAGAGUCCCAGCCCAGAGAACAGGACUCUCUGGGAAAACCUUUGUACUAUCCGGAGGUUUCUGGGCCUAUCACAAGGUGACAGGGACCUGGUGUAUGAGGAAGAGUCUCGCCAUCACCACAGCGAACGCCUGCACACUGUACUACACUUGCCCUCUGAUCCUCAUGCACUUCACAGACAACCUAUGCAGCCACUGAGGGACCACUCUCCAAUUCAAGAAGACCCCGUGCCCAGUUCUGGUGCAGAAGAGAACCCUCAGUCUUGUGCAGGUUCAGGCAACAGUGGAGGGGUUAGCAGUGUCACCAAGAAGCCUCGCUCCCGCACCAAGAUCUCAUUGGAGGCUCUAGGCAUCUUACAAAGCUUUAUCCAAGAUGUGGGCCUCUACCCUGACCAGGAAGCAAUCCACACACUUUCAGCCCAGUUGGAUCUUCCCAAACACACCAUUGUGAAGUUCUUCCAGAACCAGCGCUAUCAUGUCAAGCAUCAUGGUCGGCUGAAGGAGCUGGGAGCUGAAGGAAGUGGCGUAGAUGUGGCAGAAUAUCGUGACGAAGAGCUGCUCUCCAGUUCAGAGGAUGCAGAGUCCAGUGAAGAUGGUCACGAGGAGAUCUAUACUGGGCAUGAGAGUUUAUCAGCCGGAGCAGCCAACCCUGCCUCAACUCCAGCUCCUUCUUCUGGCCAAGAUGAGAGUAAAGACAAAGGGCUGCCUCUGGGGAUAACCAGGUCCAACUCCCUGUCCCCAUGUGGUUCAUCCGCCAGUCCCCGAGAUCAAGUAGAAUAUCAUAGAUAAAAGAGCCUCAGCAGAGACAGUAGGUGGUGAAGGGUAGGAGUGAGCACUUACAAUUAUUCUGUAGAGGAGAGUGAGUAGCGGACAGCUUAGAAACGUACUGACAAAGAGACAGUGUUUUUUGAGGACCUGUCUACCAAACCAGACAAGAUUUGAAUAUUGUUUAAGUUGGCACACACAUUGUUGCUGUAGAAAUAUUAGCUGUGAGGUAUGAGCCAAGUGUGACAGGAGUAGAUCACAAGUUACUUAUGGGAAUGAGAGGGUCCAAAAGAAGUCCCUAUAUCAUAAUACAAGGAAAUAAUUUGGUUAUUUAAAAGAAACUCAAAUUUACAGUGAAGGCAGGUUUUUAUUAUCAAGAAAGCAAUCAAACUAGCAUUGCCAAUGUGGCCAGUCUUUUAAUAAGUUCUUAAUGAUACAUUUUUAGAACAAGUCACAAAAUUCUUUAUAAUCUGACAUGGAGACCUGAGGGGCUUUUUUCAUGAGACCACUGUCCAUGCUUCCACUUUACCUCUACAAGGUGAAAGACAGGGACAGAGCUUUAGAUGAGACGUGGUUUUCCAUUACACCAACAUCUUCACUCUUGCCUGAUCAGGGAGCUAAGUGGGUGGCUGUGGCUAUCCUCAUCUUCCCCUCCAUGAUGGGGCAUUCUGACUGUCACCAACUGGGGGCUGUGCUUGACUGCUAAAGUGGUUGGUUGGGUUGAAGGUGCAGAUGAAAUCUUGGGUGAACACAUAAACCCAGCCCAUGAAUCCUACUAUAAACACAUGUGGUGUGCUGAAAGGUCCACAGUUAGCCCAAUAUCACUUUUGAAGAUUGCACCAUCCCUCCCACAACCAACCACAUUAUUCCAAGCAUUCCCACAUUAAAUAAAUAAUUCCCUUUACCCCGCCACCCAUGCACACCCAACUCAAACUCCUUGAAACCUCCCGAUCUGUCACUCCUAUCCAGUGGUUGAGUGCUUGCUUUAUGAAAAUGCAUUUAGAUCAUAGAGUUUUGUCCCAGUUGUGCUCUCUCAGCACUUAAAAAGACAGCGAGAAGAAAAUAUAACAUAUUGGCAGGAGGACAGACUGCUUUGGACAGAGUAAAGGACAAUGGUGAGGAUGCAGUCUAACUGCAUCAGCCUACCUCUGAUCUAGUGGAAAAUGCAAAUGAUUUCCAGCAACUGUCAACAAUCAGGCACUUGUGUGGAAGUGUGGUAGUCCUUCUCUCUUCCGUCACCUCCCACAUUUCUCUUUCGUACAGACUGGCGCCCACAAUGUCCUGACCUCCAGCACUAUUUAUUGCUAUCUUCACCCACAAUUAUUAUUGUUGUUAUUUUUAUUAUUGUUAUUAUGGUUGUCCUUGCUUUUAUUUUUAGUUCUAUGUUCAUGGUCUAAUAUCAGCUUUUAGCUUGCAGCAGUUGUUUUGGUAAUGAGAGACGUUUUGAAAGAAAGGAACACUGCCAAAAUAGAGCGGAAAGAAUUGGAAGCAGUUACUGAAGUUACUGAGUGAAUCAUGUGAUAUAUGCUGCCAAUUCUAUAAACAUUAUGUACUUUUCCAAAGAGAACAGCACUUAGCAGAUGAGAAUAUGAAUAUUAAAAAGAGAGAGAAAAAGAAUCAUUGGAAUUUAUGAUCGUAUUGUGCAUAAAAUGACAAUCCUUCUAUUGAGCCAAUCAGAACUCAGCAAGCAUGAACGCCAUAUUCUGAUUGAAAUGAUAAUGAACUUAAUAUGACAUGAGGCAACAUGGCCACCUGUUGCAAAAAGUCCAUGACACCAUGGCAACACUUGGAUCCAGGGUUCUGAUUUUGCUUUUGAGAAUCAGCUGCUACCUGCUCUUUCACAGAUAAUAGAAAAAAAUAUUGUUGUUAAUGCUAUUCCUUAAACAAUUUUUAUUUCAGUGAUAAUUGUGGUCUAUGUUCAGAUUUUGUGUAUUACAAAUGGAAAUGUUUUAUUUAGAGUCUUUAAUGUGCAAAAUUAUGUGGUUCUUAAAAUUAUUUUGAGCAUCCUGAAUCCUUCAAAUAGACAUUGUCCACACCUGCACAUGUCUAUAAAUAUCAAUGAAUUCCAGCAGAGUAUUAUUUUAAAAUGGGUUUCCACAUAUUUCUAUCAGACAGUAAUAGAAGAUGGCAUCCCAAAUACAAUGACAAACUCCUCUCUCUCUGUUGUCUAUGUGGUUUCUGUUGUCUAUGUGGUUGUUUUGUAAGUAUAAAAUCUUAACAUGUCAUCCUGGAUCAUUUAUACAUUAAUAUGAAUUCUCUGGCACCCAGCAGAGGCCAAGAUGUGUGACUUUGGACAGGCCGCCACCCUCACUUCUAAUUAAUUAAACACCAGUGUAAAGUCUCAAAGACUGGAGCUCUUUUACAAGGCAUGCAGGAGUGACAAUAAUUCACAUUGAAGUGCUUGUGCUAACAGAGCAGUCAAGCUGUUGCACAAAAGCCUGCUGCGUUUCAAACCCAGCAAGUACUGACACCUUGCAAACCUCAGAUUAUGCGGUUCUCUGCUGCUCACCUCCCCAGAAAGAUUUAAUUUUCCAAGUAAUUUUCUGUCCAACUCACCCAUCUGCAUCAAGUAGCUUUCUUAUGUCAAUAUAAUGUAGUCCCUUUUACCCUAAUCAAUCGAAGCAAACUUUAUACUCAAUCAUUGGUGAUUUUACACCCUAUGACUUUCAUCUCAACUUUUAUCUUCGUUUCAGCCUCCCUAAAAUCUGUGAAUAUGUGUCUCAUUAUCAUGUGUAGAGACUGUUUUCUUGAAUAUCAUACCAAAACAACAGUCACAGGAUCGUUUAUUUUGACCCAACAUAUUCAUCAUAUAUUGGGCAUAUAGUUGAAAUUCUCAGAUUUCAAACAGUCACAAAAACACCUCCAUAUCUCUUCUUUGUUUUAAAUGGAACAAAUGCAGCAGACUUCAAAUCUGACACACUUAUUGCUUUCGAUAAUGGAGUCAUGAAAUUUUGGAUACCUGCUGGUUUUGCAAAAGGUCUUUAGUAAUAUGGUAGUGAUUGCCUGCUUGAGCUACACCUUACUUAAAGCUGUCAAGCUGUCACUUUUCAAGGCCUGUCCCACCCCUUUUAUAAUUCUACUAGCAUCUUCUCAGAUUCUGCCACGCUGCCAAGCCUAUAUCAGCUGGAGCAUUUUUGAGUCCAUCCCUGUAUACUUCUCAAAUAACCCUCAUAAAUGAUGAGAGCAUGUACAGGGUUGUAUCUGUGUGUCCUAGACUGGUGUUUAACCUGCUGUGGGGGUGGCAUCCCACUCAGCAUGAGUGAACACCACGCAGUUCUCUCCUCCAUCACCUCCUCCUCUCUGUCUUUGUUAGAGUUAGAGGAGAUAGAGGAGCUGAAGAGAAAACAAAGAAGAUUCCAAGAGUCCCUGAUGAGCACUCGGUCAAGGUCACUUCCCAAUUAUCCAUGUCUUUCAAUUUCAUUCUGUCUUUUCAGAUCUCUAUACCAUCUCUCUGUUCCCUCAUUUUCUCAUUCUCUAGGCAGGAAUGUAAUCAUUCUCUCCCUCGCUGUGGUGUCAAGGUUAAGUGGAGGUGAAUAUGUCUCCUUGUGGAGUAGUUCCUUAAGAGACAGAUUGGCAUGUCUGAGAAGUGAAAUUGCGGUUAAGACAAAGGCUUGGUUAGAAUCUUGUAGCCCGAUUUCAGUCAUUUGCUCUGUAUCUGAUCGUCUACAAAGCCAUUCUACCAUUAGGAUGAUUUUGAAUGAUUUAGGUACAAAAUUCAAAAGCUGAAGGCCUCCGUUUAUUUGUUUUAAUGAACACUUUCCCAUUAUUUAGACAUAAUUACUGUAAAAACAAUUAGAUAUAAAUGUAUGACUUGGAAAUGAAAUGUACAUGAACACAAGAAAAAGACCAAAUCUGGCAGAAACAUGUUAUAAGCAAAAGCCUGCUUUACCAUAAUUCCCCUACCCCACAUAUUUCUGAGAAAGGAUAUUCUUGCCCUUGUAUCUAGGCCUAAUACUUCAGUUUAUCUAACAGUGCCUCUGAACUAAGCACAAUGCUCCUGUUAUUUGCUUUGGAGAUGGCAAAAUUUGAUGAUCUCAUAAUUUGUAUAAUUGUUUUCAUUGUUUUUGUACUCAUUAAAGCCUACAAUGUGAAUCAGGAUUGCCACUCCUGAAUUGGUACUUUCUUUGUCAAUUGAAUGCAUUGUCAUUAUCACUAAGUGAUAAUUAACUUAUGUGCAUCAACUGGCUUCUUGUUUGUAUGACAAUGUUUUGGUUUUUUUUAUUUGUUUUUCAAAUGCUGUUGUUUAAAUAAAGUACAU